AUGGCUAAUCUUCCAUGGAUUGAAAAAUAUCGACCGGCCACACUCGAUGAACUUGUUUCUCAUAAAGAUAUUAUCGAUACAAUCAGACGUUAUAUAUCACUUGGUGAAUUACCACAUCUACUUUUCUAUGGACCAGCUGGCACAGGAAAAACAAGUACUAUUUUGGCAUUAGCUAAACAAAUGUAUACGCCAACAGAAAUGCGUGGUUGUGUACUUGAAUUAAAUGCAUCUGAUGAUCGAGGCAUUGGAAUAGUACGUGAUGAAAUUCAAACAUUUGUUAGUACACAAACUCUUCAUAAGAAAGGUAUUAAAUUGAUUAUUCUCGAUGAAGCUGAUGCUAUGACGAACGAUGCUCAAAAUGCUCUUCGGCGAAUUAUUGAACAAUAUACAGCUACGGCUCGUUUCUGUUUUAUUUGCAAUUAUUUAUCAAAAAUAAUUCCAGCUGUACAAUCACGUUGUACACGCUUUCGCUUUGGUCCUCUAUCGAAUGAACAAAUGAUGCCUCGAUUAGAACAUGUUAUCGAAAAAGAACAAGUGCAAAUUGAACCCGAGGGUAAAAAAGCAAUCCUUCAAUUAGCUAAUGGUGAUAUGCGACGAGCAUUAAAUAUUCUGCAGAGUUCUCAUAUGGCAUCUGGUUUAGUGACAGAAACUUCGGUAUACGAAUGUGUUGGUCAUCCAUCAAAAAAUGAUAUCAAAACAAUGAUAAAUGUAUUACUGAAUGAAAAUUUUACAGUUGCUUCACAAAGAUUAUCGGCAUUAAAAACGAUUAAAGGUUAUGCACUAGCAGAUAUUCUUACUGAACUUCAUCGAUAUGUUCAUAGAAUCGAUUUUCCUCGUGAUAUUCGUAUACAUCUUCUGAUUAAAAUGGCUGAUAUUGAAAAUCGUUUAGCAAAUGGUGCUACAGAAAAGCUACAACUUAGUGCACUUAUAUCUGCUUUUCAAAAAGCUCGUCAAGUUGAAAGUUCAUAA